AUGUGCCGGGAGCAGGCGAAGGCCUCCCGCUGCUCGGCGGCUUUCGCGGGGGAAACUCGGGACCCGCAACUCGACAAGAGUUUUAUUUAUAAAGCUGCCAGCGCCUGGUCCCCGCCGCCCGCCGCUCCCCCCCACGGGCCGCCGCCGCCGCCGUUCCCGGGGAAGGGAGGCCUGCAGAUCCGGAAGAAUGCCAUCACGGACGACUACAAGGUCACCACGCAAGUGCUGGGGCUGGGCAUCAACGGGAAAGUUUUGGAGAUCUUCAGUAAGAAGAGCGGGGAGAAGUUCGCUCUCAAGAUGUUGCAGGACUGCCCGAAGGCCCGCAGGGAAGUGGAGCUGCACUGGAGGGCAUCGCAAUGCGCGCACAUCGUCCGCAUCAUGGACGUCUACGAGAACCUCUACCAGGGGAGGAAAUGUCUGCUCAUCGUCAUGGAGUGCUUGGACGGCGGGGAGCUCUUCAGCCGAAUUCAAGACAGGGGAGACCAGGCCUUCACAGAACGGGAGGCUUCAGAGAUAAUGAAGAGCAUUGGGGAAGCCAUCCAGUACCUGCACUCAAUCAACAUUGCACACCGGGACGUGAAGCCGGAAAACCUCUUGUACACCUCCAAAAGGCCCAAUGCUGUGCUAAAACUCACGGACUUUGGCUUUGCUAAAGAAACCACCACGCACAACUCCUUGGCCACUCCGUGCUACACGCCGUACUACGUGGCCCCGGAGGUGCUGGGUCCGGAGAAGUACGACAAGUCCUGUGACAUGUGGUCCCUCGGCGUCAUCAUGUACAUUCUGCUCUGCGGGUACCCCCCCUUCUACUCCAACCACGGCCUGGCCAUCUCGCCCGGCAUGAAGAAGCGAAUCCGAAUGGGCCAGUACGAGUUUCCCAAUCCCGAAUGGUCCGAAGUGUCGGAGGAAGUUAAGCAGCUGAUCCGCAACCUGCUGAAGACAGACCCGACCCAGCGCAUGACGAUAACGGAGUUCAUGAACCACCCUUGGAUCAUGCAAUCCAUGCAGGUGCCCCAGACCCCGCUGCACACCAGUCGUGUGCUGAAAGAGGAGAAGGAUCUGUGGGAGGAUGUGAAGGAGGAGAUGACGAGCGCGCUGGCCACCAUGCGAGUGGACUACGAACAAAUCAAGAUCAAGAAAAUCGAAGAUUCCUCAAACCCUUUGCUGAUGAAGAGGCGGAAGAAAGCAAACCCCACCGAGCCUGCCACGCUCCCCCACUGAGGGUGCCCCGCGCCCACCGGCCCUUGAGAAAGCAAUAACUAUAUAUAUAUAUUUUUUAAGAAAAAAGACAAAAAGAGACAGACUGUUAUAUCAAGCGCAUGGAAAUCAGACAUUUAUACCAGACUAGUUAUUUUUAGCUACUCACCUGUGUUUCUGGCCUUUCCGGAGCAGGCGGUAAAAUCCCCCCGUCAGAUCCACACGCUGCGGCCGGGGGUUUUGUCCUGUAGGUGAAUGCCGCCGAUAAUUGGAUUUUUUUUUUUUUUCUUUUGUGAAACAGUUUUGAUUUUUAUUUUUUUUUCCUUCCUUCCAAAGACAUGGAAAUUCCUGUGGUGACCUUUUUAGGGUAUAUAACGUAUAAAUAUUUUUUAAAAACUACUGUAGAGCUGAAACCCAGACAGCGUGUUCCCUGCGUGGAUGCUGGCUAGAGAUGGGCUUUGGGCUGGGGAGCGGGUUGCGGGGGGGGACGGGGAAGGAGAGCUGCCUUCUCCCCCGUCCCGCUGCGCGUGGCAGGGCUGGCGUGGGGGGGUCCCCGUGGCU